GACGUGGUACAAGAUUUUUGGGAUGGUUAUUCCUCUAUAUGUGUUUAGUCUGAAAAAGACGAGAAGAACUUUGUAAAACACAGCCUGGGUGGAUAUGAGCUCGUUGGUUUGUGUUAGUUUACUCUUAUGCGGUUAUGUGACAUCAGAACAGAUUCGAUUUGACGGCCACAAGGUGCUGCAGAUUGUGCCUCAUUCAGAUGACGAACUAAAACAGGUGCUGGCUAUACACGACCUUUAUGAUCUUGAUAUGUGGCGACAUCCACGAAGGGGGAAUCACUCUAUGGAAGUUUACGUAGAGCCGGAGAAACUGGAAUCAGUAUUAAGUGUCCUUAAAGAUAUAGGAGCUCACGUCAAGAUCUGGAUCGACGAUCUACAAAAACUCGUCGAUGAAGAACAGUCUUCCAUAAAAAGAAGUAUUCUUUUGCCAUACAGUUCUCAGGGAAGAAAUCAGGGCUUUAACCAUUUCGCCUACCAUAGAUAUUCCUCGAUUAAUCAGUAUUUACGAGAUGUAGCUACAGCGACAUUGUCUAUGUCCUCAGUUAAUGCCAGCGUCUCCACCAUAGGAUACACGGCCGAGGGGCGGGAAAUUAACGUUCUUAAGGUUACUCGUGGAGACCGUAUUUCACGCCCCUCCAUUUUUAUUGAUGGUGGGAUCCACGCCCGUGAGUGGAUAGCACCAGCUACUGUUUUAUAUUUUAUAAAUCAAUUAGUAUACGGAGACGAGUUUGGCUAUGCCUCACAGUUGCUGAAUAAAUUUGAUUGGUUUUUUGCUCCUCUGCUGAAUCCAGAUGGUUAUGAAUAUUCACACACAAAUUACAGACUUUGGAGGAAGAACCGAGUAGAACACCGAAGGAAGUGCUUCGGAACAGACCUGAACAGAAACUUCGGAUAUCAGUGGAAUCCAGCGAUCGGCGGAAGUACUAACGUGUGUUCGGAUGUGUAUUCUGGUUCUCAGGCGUUCUCUGAGAAGGAGAGCCAGGCGGUGUCCACAUUUAUCACAGACAAUAAGCAGAACAUGCUGGCCUACCUGACGUACCACGCCUACGGUCAGAUGUGGCUGUACCCGUGGGGCUUCACAUCAGCUCUACCCCCAGACUGGCAGGACUUGGAUGCUGCUGCUAAGACUGGGACAGCUGCUCUCGGAGAAUUGUACGGUACCACUUAUUUAGUAGGCUCAUCAACAAACGUAUUAUAUUCAGCUGCCGGUGGUUCUGACGACUGGGUCAAGGGUGGAGCUGGGGUCAAAUAUGCUUACACAAUUGAACUUCGUGACACUGGGUCACAUGGCUUUGUACUUCCGGUGAACCAGAUCGAGCCUACAUGUAGAGAGUCAUGGCGUGGCUUAGCGGCAUUCGCGCUGUCCUUAAACACGAUCCGGACAGGAAGUAGGGGAUAGAGCAAGUUCAUUUAACAUUUAUACAAUGUGGUUGGUGCUAUUAACAUGUUUGUUUGUUUUUUCCAAAUAAAACAUCAUCAUACAAAA